AUGCCAAUAAUGACUUCAGACUCAGCUCUAGACCAGCCCUAUGUUAAUCCAACUGGUUACGUCGGUUUUGACACAAUUACAAGCCAGAUUGAGCAUCGUCUAUUAAAAAAAGGAUUUCAAUUUAACAUCAUGGUUGUGGGCCAUUCUGGACUCGGCAAGAGUACCCUAAUCAACACACUGUUUGCAUCCCAUCUGAUUGAUUCCGCGACUGGUCGUGAUAUUUCUAAAGAGCCAAUCUCGAAAACGACUGAAAUAAAAGUUUCGGCUCAUUCUCUUGUGGAAGACAGAGUGCGCCUAAACGUAAACGUGAUUGACACGCCCGGAUUCGGUGACCAGGUAAAUAAUGAAAAAGUGUGCGAGCCAAUUAUCAAGUACAUUAAAGAACAGCAUUCUCAGUAUUUGCGUCGCGAACUUACCGCUCAGCGUGAAAAAUAUAUUCCUGACACAAGGGUGCAUGCGGUUCUAUACUUUAUCCAGCCUAAUGGCAAGGGCCUAACACAACUUGACAUUUCUUCGUUGAGAAGAUUAACAGAAAUUGCCAAUGUUAUCCCUGUUAUCGCGAAAGCGGAUGCUUUGACUAUGGACGAAAGAACUGCUUUUAGAGACAUUAUCCAGCAGCAGUUUGAGCACUAUAACUUUACCAUUUAUCCUUAUCAAUCAGAAGACUUGACUGAAGAGGAACUAGAGCUGAACGAAAGCAUAAGGUCAAUCAUUCCUUUCGCCGUCGUUGGGUCCGAAAAAGAAAUUUCAGUCAACGGCGAGCUAGUGAGGGGCCGCAAAACUCGUUGGGGCGCAAUUGCUGUGGAGGACAUCAAUCAAUGCGAAUUCGUUUUCCUCAGAGAAUUUUUGAUAAGAACUCAUCUUCAGGAUUUGAUCGAAACAACUUCACUUGUCCACUACGAGGGAUUUAGAUCAAGACAGUUGAUUGCUCUAAAGGAAAAUGCAAGCAGCCGCGCUUCUGCCGCGCAUAUGUCCCAAACCUCUACUUCGAUGCUUCAGCGUUGA